AUGGCUUUCCCCACGAACGUCCUGGGCAUCCUCAUCGCCUUGAUCAGCGGAUUUGCACUCGUGCACUCGGCGGACUCGAUUCCGAGACUUCUCAAGUACGAAGAGAAGGCGAAGAAGGCGGCUGAAUGGAGUAGGACGGCAGAGAAGCAGCUGUGGGAAAUCCGGUACACCGUUGGCACCGGCUUUGUGGGAUGCCUGUUGUCAGGUCUCAGUGGCCUGGCCUUCUCACUCGUUGUGCCUCGCGGCGUGGGUGUAUUUACCGUCGGCUGGCCCAUUAUGCUUGCCGCUGGUCUGACGUACGGACACCAGUACAUGCGAAACUUCUGGAUUUCCAAGCCCAAGGUUCCAAUGAUGACGGACUUCAACGAGGCCAUCUCUGACUCGAUGAUGGUGCAGGAUCUUCUGAAUCCUUUGGCUGGAGCUUGGGGACUUGUGGCGUUUUGCAAGCUUGUGGGAUUGUAA